AUAAAAGGGCAGAGUCGGAGGGGAAGCGCCUCUAGGGGGGAAUGAGUGACGGUGGACAGAGGCCUUUGGCGGCGCCGUCUGUAGGCUGCCUGGCCUGGGGGCGCUGGACGCAGAGACCAUGGAGCCGGCCAUACAGCUCUCCUUCCAGUCGGGGGGCAAAAAGCCGAGGCGCCGCGUCUCCUUUAACCGCGGUGGGCGGGGCGAGGCGAAGCGACCCGCGUUGCUAUUGGCGGCGGUUGGGGGCGCGGAAACUGAACGGGACGAAACUGCAGCCGCUGCUUCUUCGGGCUCCUCUGGCGUCUUGGGCGCUCCUGGCCCCGCCAUGGCCGCACCCUGCCUGGAGGACCCCUCGCUGGAGAGGCAUUUUAAGGGCCACCGGGAUGCAGUUACCUGUGUGGACUUCAGUCUCAACACAAAGCAGCUGGCCAGUGGCUCCAUGGACUCAUGCCUCAUGGUGUGGCACAUGAAGCCCCAGUCACGUGCCUACCGCUUCGCCGGCCACAAGGACACCGUCACCUGUGUGAACUUCUCCCCUUCGGGACACCUGCUUGCCUCAGGCUCCCGUGACAAGACUGUCCGCAUCUGGGUACCCAACGUCAAAGGCGAGUCAACCAUGUUUCGUGCACACACGGCCACAGUGAGGAGCAUCCAUUUCUGCAGCGAUGGCCAGUCCUUCGUGACAGCCUCCGACGACAAGACAGUCAAGGUGUGGUCAACUCAUCGCCAGAAAUUCCUGUUCUCCCUGAGCCAGCACAUCAACUGGGUCCGCUGUGCCAAGUUCUCCCCGGAUGGGCGGCUCAUCGUGUCUGCCAGUGAUGACAAGACUGUCAAGGUGUGGGACAAGACUAGCCGGGAGUGUGUCCACUCAUACUGUGAGCACGGCAGCUUUGUCACCUACGUGGACUUCCACCCCAGCGGCACGUGCAUCGCCGCCGCCGGCAUGGACAACACGGUGAAGGUGUGGGACGUGCGGACUCACCGGCUCUUGCAGCACUAUCAGUUGCACAGUGCGGCGGUGAACGCCCUGUCCUUCCACCCGUCGGGAAACUACUUGGUCACGGCCUCCAGCGACUCAACCCUGAAGAUCCUGGACCUCAUGGAGGGCCGGCUGCUCUACACGCUCCAUGGGCAUCAGGGUCCAGCCACCACUGUUGCCUUUUCAAGAACGGGGGAGUAUUUUGCUUCUGGAGGUUCUGAUGAACAAGUAAUGGUUUGGAAGAGUAACUUUGAUGUUGUCAAUUACGGAGAAGUCCUAAGAGUGCAGAGGCCCCCGGCCACGCUGGCCAGCUCCUCCAGGACUCUGCCAGAAGUGGAUUCCCCCGUCCCACCAGACAGGGGCAGGAGUCAGGAGUCGACGCAGAGCCAGCCCCAAGAGCCCGUCAGCAUUCCCCAGACACUUACCAGCACGCUGGAGCACAUUGUAGGCCAGCUGGACGUCCUCACCCAGACAGUCUCCAUCCUGGAGCAGCGGUUGACACUGACAGAAGACAAGCUGAAGCAGUGUCUGGAGAACCAGCAGCUAAUCAUGCAGAGAACACCACCAUGAUCAGGGGAGCAAGAAUCAAGAGCUCGGUCGAUUUGGGGGGUGACAGGCCGGGGAUUUGUACUAGGGAACUCGGGUAAAUAAAUAGAGGGGAUUCAGCUCUGGGAAUCACAUCCAUCCCAGAGCCCCAGGGGUCCUGCACCUCUGCCCUCCACCCAAGCUGUCCGCACCUGGAGACUCUCCACUUGGCUGUGGGAGGCCCCACAUACCCACAGAUGACCACGUUUAGUUUAAUGUGAAGGAGCCACUUGAAAAUGUUUGCUACCUUGGAGUCCUAAGUGGAGUCCACUUUUCCCUUACGAACCUUUCUACCGUAUGACUGGCUUCCCCCACCGACCUUUCCCAGCGUAGAAAUGGACUACUCAUUGGUUGGAUGAGCCAGGAGUUUCCUAUAAAUCUGACAAAAGGCCCAAAGUGGGCCCAUCUGUGUCUGAUUUACCCAGGAACAAGCACUCUGGAGAGGGGGGUGGCUUUGCAGUGGCCUUGAUUUCUGCCCCACACAUGUUCACUGGGGCCUGAUGGCUUCCUCCUCUGCAUGCAUGAGGGCAGAGGAAACUGAACAUUAAAAUGGACUUGAUGGAGCUCGUCAGUGAAAUGGCUUGUUCUGAGUGAGACCUAGUCCCCCCAUCCCCAGGACCUAUAAAGGGAGAAUGAAAAUGGCUUCUUGGGAGGGCCCCUGCCAGGAUCACCUCUGAAGCCCAGCACACCCUGUUCGCAGCCAUUCGGGGUCUUCAGGAGCAAGGACAGCCAGAGCCCCUGCCUACACCCUGUCCCUCUGGCUGGCCUGGCUGGCUGCUUCAGCUGAGACCUGGAGGCCUCAGGCACCUGCCUUUCCUCUUGCUCGUGAGG